AAAUAAAAUUCUUUUUCCUGUUCGUUCUAUAUUUUUAUAUUUAAAGCGGUAGGCAUUCAACAGUAAAUUCGACAUGGAUGUUCUGAACACAUAUUACAAUAAAGAUGAAUACGUCGAAACAGCCUCAGGAAAUAAGGUUAGUCGACAAACUAUUCUCUGCGGUUCGCAAAAUAUCGUUCUCCACGGGAAAGUGAUUGUUCAAAGUGGAGCAAUAAUCCGUGGUGAUCUGGCCGCGGUUCGUACCGGACGAUACUGUGUUAUUUCAAAAGGGUCGGUUGUACGACCGCCUUACAAGCAGUUUAGUAAAGGAGUAGCAUUUUUUCCACUCCAAAUCGGCGACCACGUCUUUAUUGGAGAAGGGGCAAUAGUGUCAGCUGCUUCUAUUGGAUCUUACGUUUACAUCGGGAAAAAUGCAGUAGUGGGACGGCGUUGUGUCCUAAAGGAUAAUUGUAUUAUUGAAGAUGGAGCCAUUCUUCCACCAGAAACAACGGUGGCUAGUUAUAUGCGAUACACAGCCGAGGGAAAAAUCGAAGGCGGGCAAGGCAAUCCUGAUUUUGUACCUCAUGCAAUGCAGGAUUUAAUGGUGGAAUAUACUAAAUCAUACUAUGAGCACUUUAUUCCGGCUAGCGGAGCAUAAAUUAUUUAGUUUGUUUUUUCAAUCGAAAAAAACUAUUCCAUUCAUUAUUUAUAAAAUUGAUUAUAUUGAGUGAUAAACUAUAGAACGAAAACACAAAGGAUAUUAUACUUGUUUUAAAU